ACGAUGGAAGGGGUGAAGUGGGUUUUUUCAACUCCACAGCAUACCAGAAGAAUGUCAUUCGUUUCGUAAUUGUUUGUGUGAAAAAACAGUAGAGGUAAAAAGUAACAUGGGAGACAUUGCAGAGUGCAGCUGGUCUUCAUCGGUAUCAUGUUGUAUAGGUUCUAUUGCGGUGCUGUAUUACCUGCUGAGGUGGUCGUGUCAGUGUUGGCAUGGAUUCAGAGUGUACGUGAUGUCCGAGAUCUGGCAAACAGACCUGAAGGCAUAUGGGCAAUGGGCCGUUGUGACUGGAGCUACAUCAGGCAUCGGUCGAGCAUAUGCCGAAGAGCUUGCCAAGCGUGGAUUAGAUCUCGUUCUGAUCAGUCGCUCAGAGGAAAAGCUUCACCGUGUUGCCAAGGACAUAGAGUCUCAGUUCAGGCGUCAGACUUGUGUGAUUCAGGCAGACUUUACAGAGGGUCAUUCCAUCUACUCAGCCAUCACACAACAGCUGGAGGGCCUGGAGAUUGGAAUUCUGGUAAACAACGUAGGUAUGAACUAUACAGGAAUUCUGGCAAAUUUUCUGGAUGUUUCUGACCCAGAACAGAGAAUCACACAGGUGAUAAAUUGCAACAUACUCUCUGUCACUCAGAUGAGCAGACUGAUUUUGCCCGGCAUGGUUGAAAGAGGAAAAGGCCUCAUUAUAAACAUGUCAUCAGAGGCCGCCUCUCAACCCCAGCCAAUGCUCUCCUUAUAUUCUGCCACUAAGAUAUUUGUAACAUAUUUCUCUCGCUGUCUGAGUGCAGAAUACAGAUCACAUGGAAUCACUGUUCAAUGUGUUGCUCCGUUUGUGGUGUCUACUAAUAUGACCCAUAAUGUUCCUGUGAAUCCUCUGGUGAAAAGUGCUGCUUCUUUCGCUAGAGAUGCUCUAAACACUGUAGGUUACACAUCUUACACAAGUGGAUGUGUAACUCAUGCACUGCAGAACAUUGCUCUGUCCAUUUUAUUUCCGGACUGGCUGCGUCUCUCUUCCUUCUGUGUACAGCGGAUGGCGAAAUUGGCUCUCAACAUGGAACCGCAAAUUAGGGAGAGGAUGGCAAACAACAAACAGGACUGACCAAAUCACACUGUGAACGCACAGUCACCAGCUGGAGUGCCCUCUCAAAUCCACUAGAGGUCACUCCCCUCAUCACCCGGACUGGCAUUGCACACUACAUUUCCCAUAACCCAUUGCCCAGACUCAUUGAACACUGAUCAUUCUCACCUGUUUGUAAUAACCUAUGUAAAUAUAAGCCUGGUCUGUUAUCUCAAUCAUUGAAGUUUUGUUUGUGUUUGGGACCUUGGACUGCACUGAUUGUGUGAGCCUUUGCUGCCUGCAUCGACCAUUCCCUCUGACCCUGUUUCUGAUUGUUUGCUGCCUGCCCUGAACUCAUUGCCUGUUUUCACCUGUUCUCCUUUAAAUAAAGCUGCAUUUAGAUUCUUGAAGGUCCAGUGAAUGAAAUUUAGUGGCAUCUAGCAGUGAGGUGGCAAAUUGCAACCAAUGGCUCAUUCAACCUCCAUCCCUCCCUUUUAAAGAACUAUGGUGGCUGACACAGAACUAAGAUGUCGUCACGUUUUCGCUUCUUUGUGUUUAUGAAAUGCGAUCUGUACGGCAGCCGGACCUGUUAUGGCUAAUGUAGAAACAACAUGGGGAAUUCCAUGCAAGGGGAUCCGUGGUGUAUGUAGAUAGAAAUGGCUCAUUCUAAGGUAAUAAAAACAUAACUCUUCAUUAUGUAAGCUCUUUGUAUCUGAAGAUAGUUAGUUUUGUAUAUUAUAUUACAUUUCUGUCAAUAGAUCAUUUUACACGUAGCACCUUUAAUAUGUCUGAUGUUCAUAAAGCUUUUUAGGGUGUCAAUCCACAACUUUCCCCACCCAAUGAAUAUAUCAUUAACCUCAUUUUUAUAAGCUUCUCAGUUGUAACAUUAAUUGAUUGAAAUGAUGAAAAAACAUUUGGUUACUUUGACACUAGCUGUGCCAUAUAUCUGCUUUUGUUUACUUCUGCAUUCAGUUCCAAGAAAUGUAAAUAAAUAUAUUUCUAAAUAUAUUAA